CUUUGGACGUACUCCUCGUGCGUGUAUUUACUCAGAUAUAUACACGCACGCUCAUAUAUACUGUACUUGCUUUUCUUCCUCGGUCUGUAGCGUUGGACGCCGAGGUGGACGAGGUGUGGAAGACCAACACCACAACGUCCUUCAGAUUAGCCACAGGCAAGCAGCAGGAGGUCGUGUUAGAUGACGCGGGGUCUUGCAGGGGGACAGAAAGCCCUUGCUACUUUCUUGAGGUCUCGAACGAACCUGCCGUCCGGGCCCACUGCAUCGACAUCGUCAAUAACGCAGAAGGAGAGGGAGUGAAGGCGUCGGUGAUGCAACAGUGUGAUGAUUCCACCGGGACGUUUAACUCGCUUCCGGGUGACUUCAGCCUCACGCAGGAAGGAGGCGACAAGAUGGUCGUCACCGGAGACUUCCCUGGCAACGCGACGGUGGAAGUCACGAUCUACGACCCCGCCACGCCCACGGACAUCCUUUCUGAGGGCGUGACUUCGUGUGAGGAGAAGGAGGAGGAAGAGGAGAGGAAGAAGAAGGAGGAGGAGGAAGAAGAGGAGGUCGCUUUCAGGUCUUCUGCGAGGGUCUGUUCCCAGGGCUUCAGAUCCCCGAAGGACAGUCGCUCUCUGCGGGUGUUGGUCGUGGCUGUGGGCGCCGACGGGGCAGCGGUCGAAGGGGCGCGCCUCCUGGAUUUCGAUUAUAAGGAAUCAGGAACACCUGUGUGGGUCAUCGUUGUUUCUGUGCUGGUGUCCCUUCUCGUUGUCGCACUCGUUGGCUUCGGCAUCGGCUUCAUUGUGAAGAAGAAGAAGAAGGAGAAGAAGCACGACGAGAACCGCCGCACCAGCGAAGUAAGUCUGAGCUCGCUUGACCUCCGACCCUGGGAACACGAACACGGAUGGCGUAGCAAGCGGGAGCCAGACCCAAGUGCCAUGUUCGACCCAACAAGAACUCGCCCUCUGGUUUUGCCUCGUAUCGCCUUUGACCGUCAAACUUCAGGAGAUUCUGUCAUAGAAACUUAUAGAUACGUGGGACGCUAUCAGAAUUCUUUGCUCUAAGGGCGAGAAAGCAAAAGACUUCUUUAGAAUUCCCGUCUGCCUUUGUAUCGUAAGGGGUCAUGCCUGAAAAAAGCAUUGAAAGCUGGAGGAGGAAUGGACAUGACCAUAAUUCAGCUUGAACUUAAGCGAAUCCCUGUUGCAUAUUGACUAAGGUUAAUUUUCACCAAGCUUUGGCCGUUUCUUGCUAAACUUUUUUGUGUAUGAUUAUUUGUGCAGUUUUUUUUUCAAUAAAGAUGGUAACCUCUGUUAUA